GUUACCAGGUACAGGGGAGUGGAGGUUUUACUACCAAAUUUAGCAGUCUGCCAGUUUAGAUAUGAUUGUCACAAACUGCCUCUUCAUUCUCCACUGUCUCUUCCGUGCAUACAGCUAUAUAUCUAUAUAUAUAGGUUCACCACUGCAUGCUCUCUCUUCAUUCCACUCUUUUGAGUGUUCCCAUAUUUCUUCUGCUUUUGUCUUGAAGAACAAAAUGGGGGGUCCUAAUAUCUGGGAAGAACAAAGGAACUUUGUCAAGAAUUUGCAUGAACAGGGGAUAUUAGACAGUCGUUUCGAUGAAAUCCUUGAUUUACCAAGAGAGAACCCUCAGUUUGUGAUUGAUUUGGUCACCAAAUUUUGCAGUGAUGCUGAAAAUUCUAUAGCAGUAUUGAUCAGAUACCACAAUGAACCUGAUAUCAACUAUCCCAAAGUUAUCGACCGAGCUCACCAGAUCAAAGGCGCUAGCUCUUGUAUUGGUGGCCAUAGGAUGGCCCUUGCUAGUCGUGAGCUCCGAUAUGCUUGUGAAGACAAGGACAAGGACAGGUGCUUUGCAGCUUUUUGCAAGACCAAGGAUGAAUAUCAAAUUUUAAAGGAGAAGUUCAAUAUCAUCUUGCAAAUGGAGAGAAAUAUGAUUUCUGGUGAAUCUAAAAAAGGCCACCAAUAGAGCCCUGAGUUGUGCCAGCUGCUCCGUCAGAUGACUCUGGUGGAAUGAAUAUCCAUGUCAGAUUGUAUCUGAAAUGGGCAUGUAAAUGAAGUGUUUAUGGAACUCAUAGGGAGGAUUGUUUUAAAUUAUUAAUAUUCUUUGUUGAGUAUCGGUAUUUUUGCCCAUUUAGCAUGUUUUUUUGUGGCAAAAUACAAGGAUAUAGCCUGGUUACUUUCAUAUUUUUCACAUCGCGUUGUUUCUUUCUACGGAGGUGAUCAGUGACCAAACUAGUAGGAAGAGAACGUUUUCAGGAAUUUUAAUCCUUUUUAUAUGCACAACA